CAAGGCUCCCUAAGGAACCUUUUCCCGAGAAAAAGAAAUCUUGGAAUAAUCUUCAGUAUUUGUUUUCUGUCCGUCCAUUGCACUUUGGAUUGUUUAUUUUGUGCUAUACUAUAGACCACAAAGACUUUCAAGGACUGUAAGACAAAGGAGCACUGUAUUACCUAGUGCAUGUGAGUGGUACUCUACCCCACACUGGAACCCCCCACCAAAGAAGGGCACUGGGUCAAGGCACAAGCUAUUACACAGUAGAUCACCUCAUCAGGCCUCCACCAUGGAAGAGCUCAUAUGGGAGCAAUACACUGUGACCUUGCAAAAGGAUAGCAAAAAAGGUUUUGGCAUAGCAGUGUCUGGAGGAAAAGAUAAUCCGCAUUUUGAAAAUGGGGAACCUUCCAUUGUCAUUUCUGAUGUUCUUCCUGGUGGUCCGGCUGAUGGCAUCCUACAAGAAAAUGAUCGAAUGGUCAUGGUCAACGGAACACCUAUGGAUAAUGUUCUGCAUGCAUUUGCAGUGCAACAGUUAAGAAAGUGUGGAAAAACUGCUGUGAUUGUAGUGAAAAGACCCCGUAAGGUUCAAGUAACAGCAUUAAGGCGAGCCCCCUCUCCUGAACUUCAUUCUAGGGCAUUUGAUAUAAUGGAUGAUGAACAUCUUGAUAACAGAAGUGCACACAGCGGUUACAGUGAAAGCUGGCAGAGUGGCAAUGGUCGACGUAGUAGAGAAUGCAGUCCAGACAUAGUUUAUAGUAAGGAGCAAGAAAGAGGUCGUUCAUAUGACAGAGACCCUGGUUACGUUCGUGGAAGGAGUAGAGAACGAGAUUUGGAUGAUGAAAGAGAACACAGAAGGGAGAGAAGCCAAGGCAGAAGCAUUGACCGCGAUAUGAGUGAGGAACAGAAGCGUAGGCGAGAUCAAGGAAGGAGUGUAGACAGGGAAGAGUCCUUUGACCGUAGAUACAGUGGGGACUACAGUCCAGAUCGAGGCAGUAAUCGGAGAUCCCAACUUGAUUACAGAAAUGAAAGGGAAGUGCUUCACCGCAGCAGAGAUAGGCUUCAGUCUCAUAGCCCAUCUCCUGAACCAUCCCGGCAAUCUGCCCGAAAAGGCCAAGAGAAACCAAUCAAUGUAUUGCUUUCUAAAAAGAGGCAAAACGAAGAGUAUGGUUUGCGACUGGGUAGCCAAAUAUUUAUCAAAGAAAUGACCGAGAUUGGGCUGGCAAUGAGAGAUGGCAAUUUACAUGAAGGAGACAUUGUUCUUAAGAUUAAUGGUACAGUAACUGAAAACAUGUCUCUAACUGAUGCCCGGAAACUAAUUGAGAAAUCACGAGGGAAACUGCAGUUAGUUGUGCAGAGAGACGCUAAUCAGACACUAAUAAACGUUCCUUCUCUGGAUGACAGUGACUCCGAUAUCGGCGAUGUAUCUGAAAUAGAAUCCAACCGUUCAAGCUCCCCUCUAGAUGACAGAAGAUUGCAGCUUUCAGACUCUCAUUCCUCCAAUGAGAAACUGAAAGAAAAGCCAAGUACUAAAGAGGAUCCUCCCAACAGACUUGCUAAGAUGGGUGCCAUGCCCACUCCUUUUAAAGUGUUGAAUAGAGCUGAAUCACCAGGUCCGGUUUCUGUAAGCCCAGUUCCAGAGCCCAUCACAAAGACAUUAAGUUUAGAGGAUGUUCAAGAAGACUUUAAACCUAAAGCCACUCCCAAGAUUUUUUUGCAACCAAGUCCAGAAGAUCUAGAAACCUAUGGACCCAACACAAAAAUGAUCAGAUUUCGAAAAGGAGAUAGUGUUGGCAUGCGUCUUGCUGGUGGUAAUGACGUAGGUAUAUUUGUUGCGGGUGUUCAGGAAGGCAGUGCUGCUGAGCAGGAAGGUCUUCAAGAGGGUGAUCAACUACUUAGGGUAAACACACAAGAUUUUCGUUGCAUCGUUCGAGAAGAUGCUGUUCUUUAUUUGUUGGAAAUGCCAAAGGGUGAAGAAGUAACAAUUUUAACCCAAAGUAAAUAUGACGUAUACAAAAAUAUUCUUGCAUGUGGCCGUGGGGAUUCAUUCUUUAUAAGAACCCAUUUUGAAUAUGAAAAAGAAGGUCCACAGUUCCUAGGAUUCACAAGAGGCGAGAUAUUUAGGGUGGUUGACACACUGUACGAUGGAAAACUGGGCAACUGGCUGUCUGUCAGGAUUGCCAAUGAACUGGAGAAAGGGCUUAUUCCUAGUAAAAGCAGAGCUGAUCAGCUAGCCAGUGUGCAGAAUGCCCAAAGAACAGGGGUGGCUGGGGACCGUGCAGAUUUCUGGAAGAACCGAGCCCAAAGAGCUGGGGCAAAAAAGAACGCUAAGAAGGGUCGUGAUGAUGUAACCUCACUCUCAUGGAUUAGCACCAGAUUCCCUUCCUAUGAGAAGGUUAUGCUGAGGGAAGCUGGCUUUAAAAGACCUGUUGUGGUGUUUGGUCCAAUAGCCGAUGUAGCUAUGGAGAAAUUGGCUGCAGAUAUGCCAGACAUAUUUCAAAUAGCUAAGACUGAACCUAAAGAUGCUGGCGCGGAAAAAUCGAAUGGUAUAGUGCGGUUAAAUACAGUGCGACAGAUUAUUGAACAGGAUAAACAUGCUCUUAUGGAUGUUACCCCUAAAGCAGUGGACUUGCUCAACUACACUCAGUGGUUCCCUAUUGUGGUGUUGUUUAAUCCAGACAGCAAGCAGGGAGUAAAGACUAUGAGGCAAAGAUUGAGCCCAACAUCAAAUAAAAGUUCUCGUAAGCUGUAUGAGCAAGCAAAUAAGCUGAAGAAGACGUGUGCUCAUCUUAUUACAGCCACUAUUAAUUUAAAUUCUUCAAAUGACAGCUGGUAUGGAAGCUUGAAGGAUGUGAUCAAAGACCAACAGAGAGAAGCUGUCUGGGUAUCAGAAGAAAAGGCAGAUGGAAUAGAUGAGGAUGAUGACCGAAUGUCAUACCUGACUGCAAUGGGAGCUGACUACUUAAGUUGUGACAGCAGACUAAUAAGUGACUUUGAAGACACUGAUGGAGAAGGUGGGGCCUAUACGGACAAUGAGCUGGAUGAGGUUGUGGAGGAUCCGUUACCAGUUUCAGCUAUUAGCCGGUCAUCUGAACCUGUACAAUCUGAAGAGGCUGUAGUUAAACCCAUGCCUGAACCAAGAAGUCACAUGAAAAGAGCUGGCAGCAGAGAAGUCCUCCGAGAGCCAAGCCCUCCUCCAUUUAAACCAGAACCACCAAAGGUAAAGCCUCUAGGCAAAGAUGAUCUUUAUGAUAUGCCUCGCAGUUAUGAUGCGAAACGAAGCAGCUCCAGUGUAGCCAGCAGUGAAACCUCAGGUGCAUCUGCCAAAGCUAUGCCCCCUCCUGUUGCUGCUAAACCUGUGAUUGGUGGGAAGCCAAUACUGAAACCUCCUGUUACAAUAACCACCUCAACUGGAAUUGAAGAUGAUUACCAGGAAGAGGAAGUGUUAAAUCCUCCUAAGUCUGUAUUGGGAAAAGUGAAAAUAUUUGAGAAAAUGGAUCACAGUGCAAGGCAACAAAGGAUACAGGAACUACAUGAAGCACAAAAUGCACGGUUGGAGCUGGCCCAAAAACUCCCUGAUAUCUAUGCUGUGCCUAUAAAGCCACAGAAACCUGAACAGGAUCGACUUCAACCAACAAGUUCUCGUUCUCCCGAGCCCCAGAAACCUCCUGCUUGGUCAUACCUGGACAAGAAAGGAAGUUACGGAAGUGAUGAAGAGGAGGAAGAUUAUAGACGCCAGUUGUCUGACCAUUCAAAGAGAGGGUUUUAUGGGCAGCCAACAAAAUACAGGGAUACUGAAUUGUGAACUUCUGCUAAGAAUAUGGGAUACAGUGUAUCUUGGUUAUUAUUGUACAGUUCUUUUUUUAGUACAUACUUGAAUAAAGAUUAUCUUGUUAGGUUCAAUUUAACAUGUAAUUUGUGAGUAGGAAUUUACUGACCUUUUGCACUCUGUUCUUCUAGGUUUAUUAUAUUAAUCAUGCAUACUAAACUGGUAAACCACAAUAAAAUAUAUUGGGGCAUUUUAGUACAGUGUAAAUAUAAUAUAUAUAUUCUUUUUUUUUUUUUUUUACUGGUCUACAUUUAUGGAA